UUUUUUUUUUUUUUUAAAUAUUUACAUUCUACUUUCGCGUGUCAGAAUUCUCAAUUGUUUAAAUAGACGUCCUAUAUUUAUCUGUAUUCAUACGCGCACUGUUCACAGCUGCAGCACAUUCAUUUGGAAAUUACCACCAUUACACUGUACAAUUUGUUAAGAUAUUAAAGGCAAAACAUUUUAGGAAAUUUCAAGAUAAUAAUGAUGAGAAAUAAAACUGAGUAAAGUUUGCGGACAGACAGAAAAACAGACAAGUCACAUCCGAAAGGUUGACCCGAGCUUGUUACGACGGCGUCAAAAUUAUACGAAUACGCCGUCGUAGUUUAUAGCUCGGGUGAGCCAAAAACCACCAAGUGUAAUUUCUAAAGUGUUUAUCAAGAGAGUCAUUUCCUUAUACAAUGGGUCACAUCUCAUGACUGAUUUCAAAUAGAACGUAAGUCACGGUCUCGAGUUCUCAAGUGUAUGCAUCAGUAUGUUUUGAUCUAGCAUCUACAUAUAGGGCCUAUGUAUAUUUGAAAAUUGCAGUUCUAAAAUAAUAAUUUUCAUAACCGUUCGCAUGUGAACAAAUUAAACAGUUAUGAUUGUUUCUUCCUCGUCACUUGAAACCAAUUAAUUCGAAAAAGAGCUUUAUCUAUAAACUUCCUUGUUUGGGUAUUAUAUAUUUUAUGCAAUAGCUUAACUCUACACAUCCUCUGUUGACGUCAGGACAGGCAGGAUGUUUUUCUAUUUUGUGGCCAUUUCAUUUUAUGCCGUCCAGGCCUCGCAAAAUUACAGUUUUGGUGACCCGAGAGCCUGUACUAACGGUAAAGGAGAAUAUCCGUUCAUGUUUGAAGUCCUUCCCGGAUUCGGAUGGGACAACCUUGUGAAUGAAGAUCGUGGAAUUGUUGUGAACUUUAAUUACUCAAAAUGCAAGACAACGGAGGACAGACGGUACCUCAUUCCCGACGAAGUCGUUACCAUCCCCAUCAAAACCAGUCACAUGAACGUUUUCUCCAAGGUAAUUGAUCACUGGUCGCAGUACGAGUCUGAUACAGCAUUUUCCAUCAAUACUGGUGCCUCAGCAAACAUCAAAGGUGUAAAAAUUGCUGCCAGUCUAUCUUCCGAGUAUGAACACAUCAAAAAGCAUCAACUGGAGGAUAAAUCAUUCACAACAAAAGUCCAGGCACGAUUCGUCCGCUACACUGCCAAAGUUCUUCCGGACAUACAACUCGAUCGGUCAUUCCGCAAUCGUCUGCUUAAAAUAGCCAAUCAUAUUCAACAAAAUCGAAAACUGUCGACAAAAUACGAGAGUGAACUGCUGGUCCGUGACUUCGGCACUCACGUACUUACACGUGUCGAUGCCGGGUCGUCCAUCGUCAAAGUGGAUCAGGUCGACUCCUCUCUACUGCAAGACACCAAAACAGACAGAGUUCAGAUAGGUUUUGCCGCAAGUGUCUCUAUUCUUGGAAUUGCGAGUAUACAUAGGGAAACUAAAUUCUCUUACUCAAAAACUGCAAUUGAAAAAUACAUGAAAAACAUCAAAAACUCGGACAUCAGAGCCUACGGUGGACCGCCAAUGGAUCCGGAAAAUUUCACACUAAGCAAAUGGACAUCACAUAUUGGAAAUGAUUUGGUUGCGGUCGAUCGAAAUGGAUUUCCUCUGGAUUACGUAAUCACCACAACAGCACUUCCUGAACUGUCAGAAAGUCUGGUGGAAGAAAUCGUUCAAAAUGUUCGGAAUGCGAUUACAUCUUACUUCCUUCAUAACACAUACCCUGGGUGCACCGACCCAGAUUCGCCCAACUUCAGCAAAAUUUCAAAUCUGGAUGACGGUACGUGCAGGGCACCUCUAACGAACCUCAGCUUCGGCGGGGUGUUCCAAGAAUGCAACUUCCAGGGAGGCUUGAUCAACAACGAAAAUCUGUGCGACAAGCUGGCCACAAAGAAUCCACAAACUCAAUCCUUUACGUGUCCAGCUGGAUUUGAGAAGGUUCUUCUCUACGAAGGCACAGCACAUAAAGCUCAGCACCAGCACCAGUGUCAUAAAUGCUGGGUGUUUUUCAAAUGCUGCCACGAUAAAUCCUAUUACGGCUCUGCGGAAUAUACCUCGUACUGGUGCCGUGCGAAUCCAAACUCCCCUGUUCAGGAAAACAGUGGAUAUCUCUUUGGUGGAUUGUACUCCGACAGAACUAGUAAUUUUGUGACGCAGUCAAAAUCAUGCCCACAAUAUUUCGAUCCAAUGAUAAUUGCCUCUAACGUCCGAAUCUGUAUCAGUGACGACUACGAGCUUGGCGCCAAAUCCGCCGUGCCUUUCGGAGGUUUCUACAGUUGUCAACAGGGAAACCCUCUAGUUAGUGGAAAAUACACAAAAUCCUGUCCCAAAGGCUUCAGUAACCAUUUAGCCACCAUCGACCACAAUUGUGAAAUCCAGUAUUGUAUCCGUACCGGUCAACUGUCCGAAUUAAAAUUUCCAACCGUUCAACUUCCACCGUUUAUCGAAAUUCCAGCAGAGAGUCUGGAAGAGCCAGCAAAUUACAUUAUUUCCCACGAUUCGGAAUCAUGGCUCCAACUCAUUGAUCCCAAAAUGAAAGGAGAAACCCCUGACGAAUCCUCCUGGACGACUCUGAAUUCUGCACCAAGAGAGAUGGCUGCCUUGAUGUCAAAAUUCACAAAUAACCACGUUGUUGUGGCGAGCAGCGACUCGGGGAUGUCCAAGGGUGCCAUUGCUGGUCUGUCCGUUGGCUUGACGACUGCCGUCUGUUUAAUAAUUGGGAUAAUCGUAGCAGUUCGACGCAAUCGCAAGCAACAGAAAGCCUACGACUCAUUUGAAUGAACAGUUAACAUGAAACAGCUCAUUUUCCAUAUAAAUUACUAAUUUGAUUGUUGAACGUUCUAACACUAACAUUUCCAUUGAAGAAAAAUAACAUGCAUUUACGUGAAAAUGUUCUUCGACAUAACACUAAUUGCCAACACACAUGUAAUACACUUUGUAUGAUUGCAUAUGUAUUCAAAUAUUGGUUGUUUUCAAUUUGGUUACCGUUAUGAGCAACUUGUACCGACAAUCUGAAGAUAGAAAUUGCUGCUGGUAAGCUUUACAAAACGUCGAGGACAUUUUUACAUUUUCGCUCGUUACAUGGCACCUGAGGUUUGGACCCACGCUCUCUUCCAUUCACUCGUUAUCAAUGUGUAAAUUCAUGGAGUCUAGGUCCAUUGUAUCCAUUUCUAAAUUCCAUUUGGGUUUUUUUAUUACACCAAGUCACGCUGGUUAACUGUAUUAAAUAUCUACUUGUAUUUAACACAGUUAAACUUGUGCAAUUAAAAAUACAAAAUUGUGCUGAGAAUCAAAAAAUAAACACCAUGGACAAAAACUUCAUGAAUUUACAGGAAAUAGUCUUAUCCAUUUUGUUUUGCAUGGGGUUUAAACUUCCGGUGCUUGCGAUAUUUUUCUGCGAGUUCAUGAGCAUUCCUCAGUAGCUAUUGUCAAAUGUUACCCUGAUAUUUACUAUAUUAGUUCUAAUGUAAAAUUCUAAAUCAAACUGAGUGAAACUUGGGCUAGAGCUUACAAAAUGAGUUGUACAAAAUUUAUGGUCACUGCAUGCGUCAUAUUACAAUUUGCAGUUUCAUUGCACAAUAAAUGUAAUAACCCUUCUUUUGCACGUAACUUUAAAUUUCAUGUUUAAAAACACAUUAUUUGUAGUCAAAACCCUUCAGUGUACAAUAUAGAUACACAAAAUGUACGACUUUUCAUCAACAAACCAAACUUUUGUGAAUUUUACUGAUUUAUACCAAGAAAUAGGACUGUUCUGUGAUCAUAUAUUUUGUCACAAAUUCAAAUCACAUAUUUUGACUAUGGAUAACUCUGUUUACCUGAUCAAGACAUAGGGCUCAUGGUGGGUGUGACCGGUGAAAUGGGGAUGCUUACUCCUCCUAGGCACAUGAUCCCACCUCUGGUGUGUCCCGGGGUCAGUGUUUGCUCAACUAUCUAUAUUGUAUUGCUUAUAGGCGUUAUGAGAUUGAUUACUGUUCGUUAUCUUCAUCUUUCAAUACUAAUAAUUUGCGUAUAUAAUUUGUUUAUCAUAAAACAACAAAGUGUGUAACUUUACAAAUUUAUUUUCUGUACAGAACAUCCAUUUUUACUUCUUUGUAUUCUUGUUGUGUUUCUUGGAAAACUUCAAGUUUUUCAGAAACUUUGGGUCCACCUGAAUAUUGAGAAAAAAAAACACAAUGUAAAUAUCAUAACAUUUUUUCUUCUUUUUGGUUUUAAAAUGUAUAGAUGUGUAUAACAAGAUUUAAAAACUUAAUUUUCAGGAUUCCCCCCCCCCCCCCCCCAAAAAAUGUACAGUGAAAUAAAUUUAAAACAUGAA